AUGGGUCUGAACUACCUUGAGCCAGAGAGCUGCCACUUCCUGCAUAAGGUCAAUGAAGUAAACUAUUACUUGCACAAACUCAAACUGGACUCUCCAUUUAUUUUAGCUGAACAAUUCUCAGGUUGGGCACGUGCGAGGCUCCGGGACAGGAAUUCCAGUGCUGAUCAUCGAGUCCGAGUGGACCUGGGCCACUGGGACAAAUUCAGUGAACUGGCCACCAAGUGCAUUAUUAAGAUCGUGGAGUUUGCUAAACGUCUACCAGGCUUCACCAGCUUGACCAUCGCAGACCAAAUCACCCCGCUGAAGACAACCUCUUUGGACAUCCUGAUUCUGAGAAUCUGCACCAGGUAUACCCCAGAGCAAAACACCAUGCCAUUUUCAGACGUCCUGACCCUGAAUGGAGCCCAGAUGCACAACGCCGGGCUCAGACCCCUGACCGACCUCGUAUUCACCUUCGCCAGCCGGCUCCUAUAUCUGGAGAUGGACGACAUGGAGACAGGCAUUCUCAGUGCCAUCUGCUUGAUCUGUGUAGACCGCCAGGACCUUGAGGAACCAACAAAAGUAGAUAAGCUACAAGAAUCAUUGCUGGAAGCACUAAAAAUUUAUAUCAGAAAGAGAUGACCCAGCAAGCCUCACAUGUUUCCAAAGAUCCUCAUGAAAAUCACAGAUCUCCGCAGCAUCAGUGCUAAAGGUGCAGAAAGUGUAAUUACCUUGAAAAUGGAAAUUCCUGGCUCGAUGCCCCCUCUCAUUCAAGAAAUGCUGGAGAAUUCUGAAGGACAUGAACCCUUGACCCCAAUCUCAAGUGGGAACACAGCAGAGCACAGUCCCAGCCCCUCGCCCAGCUCCGUGGAGAACAGUGGUGUCUGUCAGUCACCACUGCUGCAAUAA